UUAAUGGCUCGUGAAAAUCGAGGCUGUUUCGUUUGGCUCAUAAGUUUAAAGAAGUCAUGCAACGAAAGGUUUGCAAGAUUUCGAAACCGCAUGCGCCAAAGAUACUAUGCAAGAAGAGGCAAGACCCUUGACCCAGAAACCCUGUUAAAUGAAACAGGAAAUGCCGACAUGGUCGUCUGUAAGAUUGCCAGCAAGUCAAAUAAAGUCGCUCCUCAAUGGUUGUCAUCUUUGAUUGGUGAUGUUGUUGAUAAUGAAAGUACAACAGUGAAAGAGACCACAUCAGACGACAAACUUGUUGAAGAAUACGUGACAUGCAUCAUAAACAAGGCAGCCGACACUCUGAGACAGGAAUUGCCUAGCAACACAACGACCUUAACAGUGAGGCCAGCAGACGACAACAUAUCAUUGUCCUCCAGUAUCAUCAGCCAAAUUGCUGAUAUGGCUGUAACAGAGAGCUUGUCAAAUAUUGUGAUGGAUGCCGACACCAACUACUCUGCUUUUAGAGCACCUAGAACUAUCAAAGAAUUCAAGGAAGUAUUUGGCAUAACCGGAUGUGACAUCACUGAUGAUGGUCGUUCACCUGUAAGUGACUAAAUGAUUAAGAUUGAAAGAAGAAGAAAGAAACCACGUGCAUGUCUAUUUUGUUUGUUUUGUUUUGCUGUUUCGUUUUGAUUGCUUGUGUUGUUGUUUUUUUGCUUUGUUUGUUUUUUAUAUUAUUAUUUUCGUCUUUUCAUGUUCUGCUCAGGCAUCGAUUUUAUAUCUUUAAAUAUUAUUGUCAUAAACAUGUUUCUGAAUUUUAUUUUUACUAAUAAAGUCCAUUGAAACAAACACU